GUUCUAUUCCACCAUGACCACCUCUAUCCACUACGAAAUACCACCAUCACUACUAAAAAAAAAGGAAGGACAAUCUUAACUCCAUCCCAUCAUCUCUCAUUGCAUGACGGGCGACAUCAAACUGAAUCCUUUGGAGAUUCCAGAGAUCAUCUCACUUGUUGGCGAUUUCUUGGGUCAAGACGACAUCAUUAAUUGGAGAGCACUACAGAACAACAAGGAGCACAUCGAGGAGCUUCAUUUUUUUAUUCGCCUAUCAGAAGAUUACAGGUCAUUGAAAGACUGUAGCCGCCUCAAGCGGGUCAGCUACCAAAUACCGACACAUUCUUCAAUCUCGAACGACCUUCUCGAGCUCAUUAAGACCCAUAGAACCACAAUCACUCACUUUUCGGUUAUGUACGAGUAUUCGGGUUUGGGAGAAAUAUGGGAGGUACUGCUGGAAUGCACCAACCUUAGGAUCUUGGAGAUUAACAGCUCGAAUAUAAUCGAAGAAGAAGUCGAUCUAUUUUUUCGAGUCUGCAAGAAACUUAGACGCUUGGAAAUACACACUGUAACGGUCUCUCAUCUCCCUGCCAACUUCUUGAGCGACGACACGGAUACAUUUGUUUUUCCAAUUGUGAAAUUAAUCGUUGAUAAUAUCCAAAUACUCAACCCUCCAUAUCCGCAUACAUCGUCAUAUUGUCUCGGCAUGUGGACUAGGAGAUGUCCAGGAUUAGCAUCAUUGCUCUUCUAUCCCCCUCAAGGGGUCCCUGAGGCCAUAGAGAUAAAGCAAAUAGGCAUUGACUUCUACAGGGCGGCAUUCUUUCACCGGCCCUGCACACUGACAAAUAUCUCAGAGCUACACCUUUACCGCGUGGAUAUAAAAGACGAGGACAUGGCGCGCCUGAAGGGGUCUAGGGCUACAGUGAAAGAGAUUACUUGUGGCGCAGAAUGGGCCAGUACCGGCCUCAUACAUUUGGCCAUCGACCUUGAAGCAGAUGUUAAUCAAGAGACUACAGAAGGCAUGGAGAUGCAGCGUGUUGUGUUUAGACAAAUAGGCAGGUUGACUCGACUGAGGAUCCUUGAGCUGACAGAUUGGUUUUCACAAUCGGAGAAAAUCAAGACACUAGACUUGAGGCUAAGAGCGGGUCUAGAUGAACUAGUCGACCUGAAGAGUCUACUUAAUUUAUUUUUCUUACGCGAUAAGCAUCAACAAAUGCAGCUUGAGGAUGCAACGUGGAUUGUAAGCAAUUGGCCGAGUAUCAAAGAUUUGUAUGGGGUUGUGAGCAGCGAUCCAGACACAUGCAGUUUAGUAACAAAGUUGCUCCAAUCCCACAAUGUUACCAUUCAGCGGCAUUAA